CUGUCGAUCGGUCGAAACCAUGGACUUCGUAUUCGCCUGCAGCACUCGAGUGAAGCUUCUCUGUAGAUAGUCUUCGAUCUGCCGAGAAAUUUCUGUUCGAGUUGAAUUGAUAGUAGGUGAAAACCAUUACAAGAAGAGCUCUAUCCACGAUCGGGAGAUUUCAGGUUCUUCCUCUAGGUGGUUAGGUUACUCGGAACACACAGACAUUAGCUAGUCAGAACACUUGCAGGGAAGGAUGGUCGCCCACGGCACUAUCGACUUCCUUGGUGCUGGUGACGUUUACGAUCUGAACUAUGAGACGUUCAUUCCUGAUCAAGGCUCGAGCGUUCACUCCCCCUGCACGAAACAAGCUCAGAACGUCAGCGCCGACGCCUACUCCUGCACCAACAGUGUGGAAAACGAAGACAUCGACGAGUACGCUCAGGGGCUGUUUCAGAAUCUGUUGCCGAUGAAGCAGCAGCGGCCGUCGCAGCGCGAUGGUGACAGCACAAUCCACUCUCCAGCUUCAGAUUUCAGGAGUCGCUUCAGAGGGCCUUCUUUGUCGGAUUCCCUCCACCCCUGCACGCAGCUCGGAAUGCAGCUGUCGCCCGACAAUACUACGCUGGGGAUGAAGGCCCUGGAGGUUGAUCGAGGGAAUGAUUCAGUCAAUGCAUCAUGGGGCUCCAGCACUUCGAUCGGUCUCACGCAACCCGACACGGAGGUCAAUUCCAGCAGCACGGAGCAGAAGGGAGUGAAAUUCAUCAACAGCUGCACCUCGCCUCGCUCGGACUCUCCCAUUAUUCAGUGGAUCAUCGCGAGGCUCGAGGACUGGCAGCAGCACCUGAACCGCUUUCCCACCGCUUGCACGGCAGCUCAGCAUCUGCACAACAUCGCCACGGCCUUGUCUCAGCUGGAGCAAGAAGUUGGACUCAUCAGAUCGAAUCUUCUCGGUCGCAGUGCGAAAUCACAAGAGACUGAGAUGUGCACCGACAAAAGUAACGAGCCCUCUGGAGAUGACGAGCUUCGUUUCGAAGACUCCAAAGUCGCCGCUCGCUCCCUGAUCGUUCAUGUGCGCUCCAACACAUUCGUCUUCUCUCUCGAUCAGCUCUGUCACUACAUGUAUGAGCUCCCAGCUUGGACUAAAGCCAGUGUCCUGCCUCAUUCUAUCGUCUUCUGGCAUCACAGCCAGGACGAGCUUGGAUUCUUCAUGGAGAAACCAGACGCGUGCGCAGCUCUUCCGGAUGCAGAUCUUGCCCGACUCAAUUGCGAGGACGCUCACAAGUUCGUCAACACCGUCAACAAAGUCGAGGGCAGGACUAUAUUCCGCGUGCAAACCGCACUUGUACGAGAGCAAGUUUGUUCGGACGAAUCGGAAUAGGCAGCAACUUUGGAUGUAUCUCGUUUGAGGUCAAGUUUCGCUGGAAGUCAGCCAAGCAUUGCUGCUCGAUGGGUGUCACAGAAAUUUCAGCAAUUUUUAAUUUAUUUCCAUUACCGCAAAAUGUUCACAUGGAGAGAAGACAGUCUGUUCAGGAAAAUUUUAUUAUGGUGUCUGAUGUGCCGUGGAGGCUUUUCGAUCAAUGUGAAUAUUGUCAAACUUUUCGAUGACAGUCCGGUGGUCGGUAGAUUGAGCUCCUGUAAGAUCAGAAAGAUGAUCUUUGUGCCACCGUUAUUGUUUGGGACUUAUGAGAUCAGUGGUCACGGCUGGGUAUAUUGAACGGGGAUGGGAAACACCCGGUAGCAUUCAUCGCAGGGCAAUUCAUAAAAGCUCCGGGUCGAAACAUGCAGCACAAUGUAUGCCGGGGAAAAAUGCGUAUGUGUCCCAUGACAAUAAGUUCUCUUGUGACGAGUUGGCUAUUGUUCACAUUCGAAGAAAGUAAAAGUUCUGUUACUCCGCAUUAUUUGC